AUGGCUCCAAGUCCACCUCAGAUCAAUUCUCAUCAACAACAGCCUCUCACUGCCAGCUACACACCACAACCAACUUCACCACUCACUCUAAUCACAUCCACAAUCCGACAAACGUCACCCAACAACAACACCGCCAAAAUGCAGUUCACUACUACCGCUAUCAUUGCUGCCUUCGCUGCCAUCGCCGCUGCUGCUCCAGGCGGUGGCUACCCGGGUGGCUACCCAGGUGGUUGCCAGACUGGCAACUGCGGUGGAGGCUACGGAGGCUACCAAGGCGGCUACAGCGGCCAGCUCUGCUGCUACAAGAGCCAGCCUGGCGCUUGCUGGGCUCCUGGUACUCCUGGUUACCCAAGCAUCGGUCACCCUGACGUCGAUGUUUACGAUAACUGCGGCAACAACAAGCAGGGCGGUCUGCUCGCAGCUGGCAACUUGUUGUCUUGCGACGUCUUGAACGGCAACCAGAUUGCACCAAUCAACCUCCAGCUCCUCAACUUCGGCGAGACCACCGGCGGCAACUUCAACGGCGGAAACGACAACUAAAUGUUUCCUUCCGCAUAUACAUGCCAACCACCCACAAGGAACUGACAGCAGCGAACGAGCGGAUGUUAUAAUGGGCCACAGUCGAAGAAUCUUUCGUUUGUCGGGAAUGAGGAUGUGAUAGAGGCAGAGGAGGGUAAAACAUUCGUUCGUACCAGUCGGUGUAUUACACUAUAGUAACCUUAAAGCACAC